UGGCGAGAAGCCAGGGGUACAGUUUAAUAUCCUGCAAUGCACAGGACAGCCACCCACAGUGAAGAAUUAUCUGGCCAAGUUUGAGAACUCUGAUCUAGAGGAAAAUCUAUUGUCUUUGGUAAAUGGUUCCAACAUGUAAAAUUUGAGAGCCACAGAUAGAAUUAGCAUUCAGUCUGGCUUCUGAAUCUAUAGAAGUUCUCUUUACUCACUUUUGGCCUUGGGCAUACUAUUCUUUCAUUCUCACAGAAAACAGAAUGUUAUAAUCGGAAGAACACCAUGAUUUUGCUGAUGAGAAAACUGAGAAACAGAUUCACACAGCUAGUUAGUGCCACAGCCAAGAGUAGAACCUGAUUCUUUUUCUAGCAAGUGGCAUCUGUUGCCUGUCACUAAAAGCAGAGGUCUGAAUAUGUCUGCCCAUCGCAUCUUGGUAUUACAGUCGCCAAGGAAACCACAACUCAGCCAAGCAUUGGAUGAAACAAUGCUUUCCUCACAUAAAGAGGCAGAGCAAGACCAGCUUUUGAAUGACCUCCGUAAGAAUCCAAAACUGGGCUGGCAUCAGGCUAGUAUGUUCUUGUCCUCACAGUUCUUUGUUAAUAUAAAACAAGAGUGCCCUAUAACAUGGAAAAUAUAAUACGGACUUGAAUGUAAGGGGACUUCUUCUCUCCUGGGGGAUGAUUUGUGGGGGGAGCCCUCAUAUAUGGGCAUAUGUAGGUCACAUUCUUUAAACCGGAAAUUGCUUGCCUUCCACUUUCUCUUUUCUCUUCUCACUGGCUGGAAAUGGUGGCAACUGGAGCAGCUACCUUGGACCCAGAGACAGAAGACAGAUGUUAAAGCAUAACUGCCUACCACUUGGAUUGCUCACCUCUCGCUUGUUAUGUGAAAAUGAAAAUACACUUCUAUUUUAUAUAAACCACUAUAUUUUAGGAUCUCUUUGUUAAAACAGUUUAGCUUGUUCCCUAGUCUAUACUUUUCCCUCCUAAGCAGGUUCUCUCAGUGUAGCCUUCCCUGUGUCAGAAGGGAAGUUAAGUUACCAGUUACUGAAGCUAAAAAUCUGAGUCAUUCAUGAUUCCUCCCUUUCCUUCAUUCCAAUAUCCAGGUGACUAGCACGUCCUAUUGAUCUAUUAAACACAAUUAUCUUGAAACUCCCAUCUGCCCACCUCUGCACUGCUAUCGCCUUAGUCUAAACCAUAGUUGUUUCUUAGCCAACUGUAACAGCUUCAGAGCCAGUCUCUUCAUUUUCAUUCUUCCCCCUCAAAAUGCAUUCCUCCUGAAAAAGUGAACUUGACAUUGAAACUUAAGUCAUGUCCUGUCAGUGCCCUCAUUAAAGCCCUUCCAUGGCUUUUCCUGACACUUAAACACUAAAUUUGUGGUCUACAAGGCCCCACCUUUCUCUCUGAUGUCAUCAUACACCCCUCUCCCUCUAUAAUCCCAUCGGAAGGGUCUUCUUUCUCUUUCUUGACUGCUCAAAGUUCUUUCCCACCUCAGAACCUUUGCACACACUGUUGCCUUGAGACAAACCUGGAUCUCUGAACUGUUUUUGUUCUUGGGUCUCCUUGUUACUGUAGCUUCAGAAAAACAGACAUUAAGAACAGAGGUUGGACAUCUAAUAUGUGGAUUAUUGGCAUGUCUAAGUGAAAAUUCCAGAACAAAUAAAUAGAAGAAAAGCAUUAUUUAGAGAACAAAGUUUUCUUGAGCUGAAGGAAAAUAUUGUUCUUCAGAUAAAAAGGUCCUGCUAUGGUCAAAGCAAAAAUAAGAAAAAUUGUUCAAUACCUGGAUGAUAUUUUGAAUUUCAAAGACAGAGAAUGCAUAGAUUUUCAGGGAGAAAAAGAAAAGAUUACUCACAAAGGCACAAAAUCCCCUUAGUGUGUAUCACACAGUAACAUGAUAAACUGGACAGCAUAUUCUGAGGGGAAAAGGACGUGUGUGGUCAGUAAUUUUAUAUCAACCAUGUGUGAAAGCCACAGAAAUAGUCCUUGUUUAUAUAUGGGCUCUGAAGAUUCCGGAGCUCUGAAAAAUAUGAUUUGAUAGAAAUACUAUAGAUAAUUAAAAUUUUGAUUAUUGGAAAUAAAAACUUUUGAAGUAGAAAUGCAUGGUAGAAGUCCUAAUGGUGAGUGUGGAAAUAAAAUACAGGAAGUAAGUAUGAAUAGUUAAAUAUGGCUAAAAAGCACUGCAAGUAUUAAAAAUAAUUCAAAUUUUAACGUAUUUUGUAAAAAAAAAAGUAACUUUCUUACAAAAAUAAUUUGGUUCAAUAAUCCCAGAUUAUGUUAUCAUUAACAGGAAGUGGCUAUGGGAGGAAUAAAAAAAAACACAUGAAAGGAGGGAAUCAAUGACUGCAGGUUUGUGAUAAUACCUGUUUAAGUGUUUUGAAAUGCAAAAGUGGCUAUUAGAAUUUAAAACAGAAUGGUCACUUUUCAAAUCAGUCAAAACGAAGCACAACCCCUAAUGUAGAAGAUAGAAAAUAUGAAAAUGGCAACAAAACAAAAGCUUAGAAUAAGACAGUUCAGGUAGGAAUAAAUAUCAACCAUGCUGAUGCAUGAAAAUGGGUUAAAUUUAUUGAAUGAUAAAGAAUCUUAGAUUAAAUGUUUUUAAACCUAGUUAUCUAGAGGAACUUGAAAAAGAAGAAUAAACCAAGCCCAAAGUUAGCAGAAGGAAGGAAAUAAAAAUAGAAACUUGAGCAAAAAUAAAUGAUAUAGAGAUAGGAAAACAAUAGAAAAGGCUAACAAAACUAAGAGUUGAUUCUAUGAAAAGGUAAAAUUGACAAACCAUUAGCUAGACUAACCAAGAAAAAAAAGAGGAUGCAAAUCAAUAAAACUAUAAAUGAAAGAGGAGACAUUACAACUGAUACCACAGAAAUAGAAAGGAUCAUAAGAAAGUACAAUGAACGCAGUAUGCCAACAAACUGUGCAACCUAGAAGACACGGGUAAAUUCCUGGAAACAUAGAACCUACCAAAACUGCAUCAGUAAGAAAUAGAAGAUCUGAACAGGCCAAUAAUGAGUAAGGAGAUUGAAUCAGUAAUUUAAAAAGAAAACAAACAAAAAAAACAAACCUCCCCAAAAAGAAAAACCCAGGACCAGAUGGCUUCACUGGUGAAUUUUACCAAACAUUUAAAGAAGAAUUAAUGCCAAUCCUCAAACUCUUCCAAAAUUUGAAGAGGAGGGAACACUCCCAAAUUCACAAGGCCAGAAUUAGCUUGGUACCAAAGGACACUACAAGAAAAAAAACUACACGCCAAUAUCCCUGAUGAAUACAGUUGCAAAAAUUCUAAAGAAAAUGCUAGCAAACUGAAUUCAGCAGCACAUUAAAAGGAUCAUACACCAUGAUCAAGUGGGAUUCAUCCCUGGAAUGCAAGGAUGGUUCAACACGCAAAUCAAUAAGCGUUCUACAUCACAUUAAUAAAAUGAAAGAUAAAAAUCAUACGAGCAACUCAAUAGAUGUGGAAAAAGUAUUUGACAAAAUUCAAUAUCCAUUCAUGAUAAAAAAAAAAACAAACUCAACGAAUUAGUUAUAGAAGGAACUCAACAUAAUAAAAGCCAUAGAUGACAAGCCCACGGCCAACAUCGUGCUCAGUGGUGAAGGGCUGGAAGCUUUUCCUCUAGUAUCAGGAAUAAGACAAGGGUGUCCAUUCUCACCCUUCCUAUUUCAACAUAGUACUAGAAGACAUCAGGCAAGAAAAAGAAGUAAAAGGCAUUAGAAUUGGAAAGGAAGGAGUAAAAUUGUCUCUAUUUGCAGAACACAUGAUUUUAUAUAUUGAAAAUCCUAAAAACUCCACUGAAAAACUGUUAGAUCUAAUCAACUAAUUCAGUAAAGUUGCAGAGUACAAAAUCAACAUACAAAGAUCAUUAGCAUUUCUAUACACUAACAACAAAUUAUCUGAAAAAGAAACAAAGAAAACAAUCCUAUUUACAAUAGCAUCAAAAACAAUGAAAUACUUAGGACUAAAUUUAACUAAGGAGGUGAAAUACCUCUAUCCUGAAAACUGUAAACCAUUGAUGAAGAAAAGUGAAGACACAAACAAUUGGAAAUAUAUCCCACAUUCAUGGACUGGAAGAAUUAAUAUUGUUAAAAUGUCCGUACUACCCAAAGGCAUCUAUAGCUUCAAUCAAUCGCUAUCAAGAUUCAAAUGGCCUUUUUUUUUAAACAGAAAUAGGAAAAAAAUUCUAAAAUUUAUAUAGAACUACAAAAGACCCUGAAUAGUCAAAGCAAUCCUAAGAAAGAAGAACAAAGCUGGAGGCAUCACACUUCCUGACUUCCUGACUUCAAACGAUAUUACCAAGCUAUCAGAACAGCGUAGUACUGGCAUGAGAACAGACACAUAGACCAACAGAAUAGAAUUGAGAGCCCAGGGGCUUCCCUGGUGGCGCAGUGGUUGAGAGUCUGCCUGCCGAUGCAGGGGACACGGGCUCGUGCCCCGGUCUGGGAAGAUCCCACAUGCCGCGGAGCGGCUGGACCCGUGAGCCAUGGCCGCUGAGCCUGCGCGUCCGGAGCCUGUGCUCCGCAAAGGAGAGGCCACAGCUGUGAGAGGCCCGCGUACCACAAAAAAAAAAAAAAAAAAAAAAAAAAAAAAGAAUUGAGAGCCCAGAGAAUGAAACUAGACCCCUAUCCUAUACCACUCACAAAAAUCACUCAAAAUGGAUUAGACUUAAAUGUAAGAACUGAAACCACAAAAAUAGAGGAAAAAGUUUGUUGACAUGGGCCUCGUCAAUAAUUUUUUGAAUAUGACACCUGAAGCACAAGCAACAAAAUUAAAAAUAAACAAGUGGGACUACGUCAAACUAAAAAGCUGCAUAGCAAAAUGAUCAACAAAGUGAAAGGGCAGCCAAAUGAAUGGGAGAAACUAUUUGCAAACCACACAUCUGAUAAGGGGGUUAAUAUCCAAAAUAUAAGGAACUCAUACUAGCUAAUAUCAAAAAUGCAAUCCAAUUAGAAAAUGGACAAAGGGCCUGAAUAGGUACUUUUCCAAAGAAGGUAUUCAGAUGGCCAAUAGGUACAUGAUAAGGUGCUCAACAUCACUAGUUAUUAGGAAAAUGCAAAUCGAAACCACAAUGAGAUACCAGUAGCUCACACCUGUUGGAACGGUUAUCAUCAAAAAGAUAAGAGAUAAGUGUUGGUGAAGAUGUGGAGAAAUGGGAACACCUGUGCAUUGUUGGUGGGAAUGUAAAUUGGUACAGCCACUAUGGAAAACAGUAAGGAGGUUCCUCAAAAAGUUAAAAAUAGAACUAUCAUAUGAUACCAUUUCUGGGUAUAUAUCUGAGAGAAAUUCUGAAGAGAUAUCAGCACCCCAAUGUUCUGUGAAGCACCAUUUACAUGAAAACAACCUCAGUGUCCAUCAACAGAUGAACGGAUAAAGAUAUACGUAUCUAUCUAUCUACCUAUUUAUCUAUAUAUAUGUAUGUGAUGGAAUACUAUUCAGUUAUAAAAAGAAGGAAAUCCUGGCAUUUGAGACAACAUGGAUGGACCUUGAGGACCUUAUACUAAGUAAAAUAAGGCAGACAGUGAAAGACAAAUACUGUAUUAUCUUACUUAUAUUUGGAGUCCAAAAAACAACCUCCUAGAAACAGAAAUCAGAUUUGUGGUUGCCAGAGGUAGGGGUAGGGGUGGGGGAAUUGUGGAGGUGGUCAGAAGUACAAUCUUCCAGUUAUUAGAUAAAUAAGGUCUAGGAAUGUAAUGUACAUGAUGAGAAUAGUUAACAAUACUGUAUUACGUAUUUGAAAGUUGCUAAAAGAGUAGAUGGUAACAGUUCUCAUCACAGGGGAAAAAAUUUUGUAACGGAUGGAUGGAUGGUGGUGAUGGAUGUUAACUAAACAUACUGUGGUAAUCAUUUCACAAUAUAUACAUAUAUCAAACCAUUAUGUUGUACACUUUAAACUUAUACAAUAUAUGUCAAUUAUAUCUCAAAACUGGAAAAAAUUAAAUCUAAUUAUAAGUUGUUUAAAAACAAUACUGCAUGAGGGCUAAAAAUAAAAAGAGGGGAACAUAAGCAAGAAGAGCUUAGAGACUACUAAUCAGAUGAGAUGGAAUUCAUCAUAGGAACCAAUAAAUAAAAGUUAAUUUUAGUUUGAUAUAUACAGUUAAAAAUGAAGAUACGAGAAUCUUGCAGCGAGUAACACAAUAUUAAGCUAUGGAAAAAAUACAUUAGAAACAAGGAUAAUCUGACAGAUGUAUAAUAUUAGUGGGAACCACGACAAAUGCCUUCUCUGAUGCACAGAACAAGUCCAUAAAAGAUAACUGAGGCGUCUUGGAAAGACCCUGGGCAGGCAUCAGGCUUCUGCUUUUGGGUUGAAUGACAUAACUGCAAAAGUUCAUUCCAUCUCAACUGAUGCAAAAUAAAUACAACUUUAAAAGUUCUUUUAGGGCUUCCCUCGUGGUGCAGUGGUUAAGAAUCCGCCUGCCAAUGCAGGGUACACAGGUUUGAGCCCUGGUCCGGGAAGAUCCCACAUGCCGCGGAGCAACUGGGCCCGUGAGCCACAACUACUGAGCCUGCGCGUCUGGAGUCUGUGCUCCGCAACAAGAGAGGCCGCGAUAGCGAGAGGCCCACACACCGCGAUGAAGAGUGGCCCCUGCUUGCCACAACUAGAGAAAGCCCUCGCACAGAAACGAAGACCCAACACAGCCAUAAAUAAAUAAACAAAUAAAUAAAUAAAUAAAAGUACUUCCCACUAAUUGGGGGAGUGGGGAGACAGGUACAGAUAUUGACCCCCUUAAGCCUCAAGAGGCCUGGGUGGCUGGAGCGCCAUGCAGUGAGUUCCCAUUUCAACAAUCUUGACUCUUCAUCUCAGUGUGAUAUAUAAUUAUUUUCAUUUUCUGUGAGGCAUGCUGUGAAAAGUUUGGGAAACACCAUAUUGUAGCAUGGUACCUAGUCGAAGGAAAAAAGUGUUAACCCCACCCAAAGACCUGGGAGAGGGCUGGAACUUCCCUGGAGGUCCAGGGGUUAAGAUUGUGUGCUACCACUGCAGGGGGCAAGUGUUCCAUUCCUGGUGGAGGAGCUAAGAUCCCGCAUGCCCUGAAGUGCGGCCAAAAAGUAAAAAAUAAAGAAAAACACAACAUUAAUAAAAAAAAAAGUGGGAGAGGGCUGUACUCUGCAUCUUCUUUGGGGCUUGGGAACUGCCUCUGAGACCUCGUGUUUAAAUCCGACCUGGUGAUUUCCCUUUUUUUUUUUUUUGACAAGGUCUGGAGCUUUCAGGUGAACGGGGCCGGGUGAUUGGGGGGGGGCGCGGCCUGGUUGGCCCCAUUCAGUAACACGUGAACUUCAUGUACUUUGCGUUGUGCUUUCCUCCAGACUGGCAGCACAUUUUUGCUGCUUGGAGCUUUAAGCACAUGUUUACUUGACCUCUGGAACUCAAACUUACAUUUAAAACUGAAGGCUUCAGGUGAGUGCUCGCGAGGACCCAGGGAGCGAGCCACGUGACGCCCCGCGCAGCUCCGCCCCCCCGUCGGCCCCCAAGCGCUGUGAGCACAGCUGCGGCCAGUUGUGCUGGCGGUUGGCGCGCCACGCGGUUUCUGGAAUCCUCAAGGCGUACGCUGGCAGGGGGCGGGCGUUGGGGGGCGGGGCGGGAACCCCAGUGAGCCCUCGCCGGUGUUCAGGUUGGAGGACGGCGCGUAGCCUGCGGUUAGCUGCGGUGCUGGGCCAGGGCUGCGGGGCCUGGGCUGGGCGCGCGGGCUCCGCGGCGCUGACCUGGAGAGGAAGCGUGACUCCGCGGAGGCCGGCACUGCAGGAGACUCUGUUUUUGCCCCCAAAAGUUCAUCUCGAGGGAGUAGCGACGGGGAGACCAGGAGCCGGGCGCGGCCGCUACGCUGCGCGUGUUUCCCGGGCGAGUCUGCCCGGUGGCCUGCGAGGCUCGGGGAAGAUGCUCCACGUCCUGGUGCUGAAGAUCGAAGAUCCAGGUUGCUUCUGGGUUAUUAUAAAAGGAUGUAGUCCCUUUUUAGAUCAUGAAGUUGACUAUCAAAAACUAAAUAGUGCCAUGAAUGACUUCUAUAACAGCAUGUGUCAAGAUAUAGAAAUAAAACCACUAACGUUGGAAGAAGGGCAGGUUUGUGUGGUUUAUUGUCAGGAACUGAAGUGCUGGUGCAGGGCUGUUAUUAAGUCAAUAGUGUCUUCAGCAGACCAUUACCUCACAGAGUGUUUCCUUGUGGAUUUUGCCAAGUACGUUCCAGUGAAAUCCAAAAACAUCCGAGUUGCAGUAGAAACUUUUAUGCAGCUUCCCUACAGAGCAAAAAAAUUCAGACUGUACUGCACAAAACCUGUCACAUUGCACAUUGACUUCUGUGAAGACAGCGCUGAGAUUGUACCUGCCAAGAAGUGGGACAGUGCAGCUAUUCGGUACUUUCAGAACAUCCUAAAAGCAGCUACCCAGGUGGAAGCCAAAUUGUGUGCUGUGGAAGAAGAUACUUUUGAGGUUUACCUUUAUGUAACUACAAAACAUGAAAAGGUUUGUGUGAACGAUGAUCUGGUUGCAAAGAACUUCGCUUAUUAUGUAUCACCCACGGAGAAUAAAAACCUUGAUUCUUUAGAGAAACCAAGAUUGAAUAUAAAAUCAGCAUCCUUUUCCAGUAAACUCAAUCCAGCGCUUACUCUUUGGCCAAUGUUUUUGCAAGGAGAAGAUUCUCAAAGGAUGGAAAAGUCAAGUGGUUUAACUUUUCUGGCAAAGUCUCUCCAGCAUCCGUGCCCCAAGGGUGUCGGUGACCUCGGGCCAACCUCUAGGAUCCUGGAUACAGCUAUAAAGUAUAAUACGGAUUCAUUGCGAGACUCACCCAAAAAAAAAUCAGAAAAGAAACAACAGUGCGUCUCCUUAAAAGAUGUAAAUAAGUGUGCUGAGUCUUCAGUGUAUUGGCCAAUGAAAAGAGGCACAACCAUGUCUGCCGAUCCAGAUACACCAGCAGCAAGUGCUUUAUGUCAGAAGUCAAAUGAGAAACCACUUAGAUUGGCUGAGAAGAAAGGAUACAAUGAGAAGAACGUCUGUGUGAAAUUAUUGCAGUUUCUAAAUCCUGAUCAUUUGAGAGCCGAUGGAAUCUCUGAUCUGCAGCAGUUGCAGAAGCUGAAGUCAGGCUCCCGGCUGCCCUUGGUCGUUCUGCGGACCAGGGUCGAGCCCUGCUUGUCCAUCAACACGGCGCCACUCUCGGCAGACCUGAAAAAGGCUCUUCAAAGAAAUAAGUUUCCGGGCCCCAGCCACACUGAAUCUUACUCUUGGCCUCCCAUAGCACGUGGCUGUGACAUGGUGGUCAUUUCUCAUUGUGGAAAUGACCCUUUGUUGUACCUUCCACCACUGCUUACGAUUUUGCAAACAGGGGGCUGCUACAAGUCAUUACCAAGUAGAAAUGGACCUCUGGCAGUCAUCGUGUGCCCUGGGUGGAAAAAGGCCCAAUUAGUUUUUGAAUUAUUGGGAGACUAUAGCGUGUCCUCCAGGCCUGUUGUUCAUCCUGUGGUAUUAACAGUCGGACUCCACAAAGAUGAAGCCAAAAAUAUGAAGCUUCCAAGUGGGUGCAAUGUAAUUGUUACAACACCACAUAGCCUCCUGAGACUUCUCAAAUAUCAAAGCUUGUUAUUUCUUAGACUCUGUCAUCUGAUUUUGGAUGAGGUGGAAAUAUUAUUCUCUGAAGCUAAUGAACAAAUGUUUCCUAUAUUAGAUAACUUUAAAAAAAUUAUUGAAGUUGAAGAAAGGGAAUCUGCCCCACAUCAGAUUGUCGCAGUUGGAGUUCAUUGGAACAGACAUAUAGAGCAGUUAAUCAAAGAGUUCAUGAACGACCCCUACAUUGUGAUCACAGCCAUGGAGGAGGCUGCCCUCUGUGGCAGUGUCCAACAGGUAGUACGUCUUUGCCUGGAAUGUGAAAAGACCUCCACUUUACUCCAGACUCUUGAUUUCGUUCCAAGUCAGGCACAAAAGACCUUGAUCUUCACCGGUUCUGUAGCUGAAACAGAAAUAGUGUGUAAGGUAGUAGAAAGCAGCUCCGUAUUUUGUUUGAAAAUGCAUAAAGAAAUGAUUUUUAAUUUAAAAAGUGUUUCAGAACAGUGGAAGAAGAAGUUAAGUUCUGGUUCUCACAUUGUAUUAGCCUUAACAGAUGAUUGCACACCACUCUUGGCCAUCACCGAUGCCACGUGUGUGAUUCACUUCAGCUUUCCUUCCUCGCCGAAAAUUUUUGGUGGACGCCUGUAUUGCAUGUCUGAUCAUUUUCAGAGUUUAACUGAACAGGGUUCUCCUGCAGAACAGAGAGAGAAAAAAACCAAAUCUGUGUUGCUGCUGACGGAGAGAAAUGCCUGCCAUGCAGUUGGCGUCCUGCGCUACUUGGAGCGAGCAGAUACCAAGAUUCCUUCAGAGCUCUACGAGUUUACUGCAGGGGUUCUGGAAGCCAAAGAAGAUAAAAAAGCCAGAAGGCCUCUUUGUCCGUAUCUUAAGGCUUUUGGUUUUUGCAAAGACAAAAGGAUCUGUCCUGAUCGACACCAUGUUAAUCCAGAAGUAGACAUGCCAAGGAAGUUAUCCAACCAAACUCUACCAGUGUUUGGAUACAUAAAAAUAAUACCCUUUUAUGUUUUGAAUGCAACAAAUUACUUUGGUCGCAUAGUUGAUAAACAUGUGGAUCUUUAUGCAACUCUUGCUGCUGACAUGAAAGAGUAUUUUGAAGAUUCCAGUAAUAAAACAACUGUUGAAAAGGUGGAGAAAUUUGGAUUAUAUGGAUUAGCAGAAAAAGUAGCUUUUCACAGGGUUCAGGUGUUGGAGAUGAGCCAGAAGGAGGACACGUGGGCCCUGGAUAAUGUCCUUGUGAAGUUCAUAGAUGAAGGCAGGACCAAACUCAUCACAAGAGACCAGCUGCUUCACCUCCCAGAAAGUUUCCACACUCUGCCCCCUCAAGCCGUGGAGUUUAUCGUUUGUAGAGUGAAACCCGCGGACAAUGAGAUUGAAUGGAAUCCAAAGGUUACUAGGUACAUUCAUCAUAAAAUUAAUGGGAAACUGCAUGAUGCAAAAGUGAUGUUGGCUUUAGGAAAUACGGUUUGGAUUGAUCCAAUGGUGCACACGACAAAACUUGAAAACUUGAAAACUUCUGUCAUUGAUUAUAAUGUUCGAGCUGAAAUUUUGUCAAUGGGAAUGGGCAUUGAUAACUCAGAACAUGUAGAACAACUGAAAAAAUUAUACAAAGGAGCUAAAAUGCCAACUUUUGAAGAAAGCGUAAGCCAGACCCUGAUGCCUUCUUCAACAGAAGACGAUGCUUGUCUGCAGAGCACACAGCAAGAGGACAAGGGCUCAGAGAGAGGUGCCGACUCCCAGACAAACUCAGAAAACCCAACACAUGAAACUUUACCUGAAAACACUGGAGAUGCUUCCAUUAACAAAACUACAGGGCCUCUGAAAAGCUUCCACCCACAAAUAAAAUGGUUCCAAAAAGAGGAUGUGGUCAUAUUGAAGAUAAGAAUAAGGAAUGUAAAAGAUUACAAAUGUAAAUACUUUAGAGAUAGAGUUGUUUUCAGUGCCUGGGCGGGAGAGAGAUUUUACUCGGCUGACUUGGAGCUGCAGGCCAACAUAAUAAAAGAUGAUUGCAAAUGCACAGUGGAAAAUGGUGAACCAAUAAUCACUCUCUCGAAAGAGAAAAAGGAGUCUUGGUGUGGCUUACUCAGACAGAGGAAUCCUAACGUGGCUUUUGAUUUUGAUCACUGGGAAGAAUGUGACGAGGAUGAGGAUAGCCACUUCUCCAGGCUGGUAAAUUCUAAAAACCCGUCCUGCAAAGUGGUAGAGUUGGUUGAGACCAGUGACAAAGCUUCAGAUGAAAACGAAAGUGAGAGUGAAUGAGAAUGUGAAUUAAAUCCUGCAGAGCGGCCAGAGGACUCUGAACAGAAAUGGACGUUGCUACAUGACCGAGAGCUGAGAAGACAGGCAGUCACGUUCAGACCUUUUGUCACUUCAAGGAUCAAGUAUAACUAAGUGCUACCUUGUGGCACCGGGAUUAGUAACGGUGAGAAGUUCUUAACUGAUUGAACAAUGGGCCGAUGAUGAGACUCUGGAAGGAAGGUAGAAGCAGAGACACAGCGAGUGCUGGGCUGUCCUGCCCAUCGCCUCUGGUGUGAAGCCCACCUCAGCACUCAGGUUGAGUGAUGCCCGCCGCGGCGUUCGGGUAAUGAACUGUACCAUCUGGAGUUCGUUUUUCUUUUUUUUCAUUUAGACCUGUGUUUGGUUACAUUCUUAAAACCUUCUCUUGUGCAUAUAAAUUGAGAUUUCUUAAAAUUCAUACCCCGCACGGCUUAACAGACCUUUUCAGCCGUGAGUUAGUUGAGAUUCAGGGUUAACUGUCUGUGUACUAAUACUCCUAGUAUUCUUUCGAUAUUGAUAGCUACCCAGGGUAAGUUUACUUCCUGUGAAGAGACAGUCCAAGGAUGAGAAUGGGGUUCCCUCAGCAAUAGCAGCCUGACCCAGGGCUUUCCGGAGGUAAAGCUAGUGCUUCCGAAGAACCCUUGGAACCUGCAGAGUCCUGGACAAAUAGGACACAGGUUUCUCUCCAGUGGAAACGGAAAAGGUCAUGUGGGGUGCCUGGAGGUAACCCUCAGAAUACCUGGAUGUGGUGAGCCCUGAAAACAUUCAUGACUCCAUCCUGGGAUGAGGCUGCGGUGCCUUAAUAAGGGCACGAGGUUAUCAAGAAAUGUGUAUUGUCAUUACCGCUUCAGUGUGGGAAUGCCCAGAGCCUGACUUUUCAUGGUAACUGGAAAAAGUUAGACAGGCGAGCUAUUGGGAAAUUUACACCCCGUGCACUGCUGUAGUGUGGGUCUGGCGGCUUUGCCUAGAAGUGGAAAAGAGCAUCGGUAGGUUGUUGGAACUGCCCGCAAGAUCUUUCUUCUUUUUACACAUCAGAAAGCACAGGUGCCCAAGUUUGUGUAUGUCCCAGGUAUUAAACGAGAGGUAAACUCUCUGUCGUCAAGCUGUCGUGUCCUGUGAGCAGGCGUGGAUCACCGUCUGGCUGUCAGUUUCCUCAUCCGUAGAAUAAGACGUUCAGCUCCUCGUGGGGCCUCACCUGGCCUCGGGGGGGCCCGAAGCGCUGCUGGGCGGGGUCAGGCUGCUGCCCUCUGGUGGGAGGACGCGGCAUCCAGCCUGGACAGCUGCCAGGAGCGCAUCCUUGCUGCUGCCGUGACUCCCGUGGGUUAACUGGCAGGUGUCCGAUUGGCACAUGAAGUGUACGGGGAGUGAUUUUCCUUUUUCUUGGCUAAAUAGGGCAGGCUCUUUGGGAAGUGUGAAGUGCUGGUGUCUUUGCUGGCAAAGGUCCUGAUUCUGCAAAACUCUUUUAAUGUCCUCAUCCAGUGUACUUUGCUUCCACCGGGAAGGGCUCUGGAUCGGCAGCCAGGCCUCCUGAGCUGCACUGGCUUUCCUUGCGAUUGUUAGCCACCUGCAGUGUGUGCUCGGUUGUAUUGUCUCUUUCGUAAAACAGCCCACAAUAAUAGCAAGCAGUAGAGCUGCACAAACGUGUGUUGCCCACAUGCAAAUGGUGGGGUCCUGCUCUCAGGGAAGAUAGAAUACUGAUGCUCUCGUGUGGUUCACCACCAGCUAAAUGAAAGUAUUGGCCAGAGGAGGGUCCAUGUUUAAAUUUCAGUUUCUUUUUUGAGACAUUUACUGUUAUUUGAAGUUCUGAAUAACAUUUUGUAAGACAUAGGACACCGGCUUGUGAAGUGUAAACAAUUACUAAUUGCUUUUUUUGUUCUCUACUAUUAACAUGUACUGAUCUCACGUUUGGGGGGAAAUUUCUGAAAUGCCUGGUAAAAGUACUUUCGUCUCUAUGCUUCUAAAAUUGCUCACAUACUUAGUAAAUUUUGGUGUGAGUGUCUUCUGCAGUAUAUCAAUAAAAUUUCAGUGUUUUCACAGAAAUGUUACUUUUUCCCAUUUUUUUACACCGUAUUUUGUCAGGAAAAUCCAUGAGUGCCAAAUGCAAAAUAGAAUUUUAUACACCACACUUUCUGGUUUGACCGAAAUGCCAGUGAAGGCUGUCAGGGAACCUGCGAUGCUGAGCCCCUUGAGCCCCUUGUGGACACAGGCUGCAAAUGGUUCCGGAUGGCCAGCUUUGCACU